GCCGGUACCAAAAAACCUGCUGGCAACAAUACGCGUAAACCAACAUGGCGAAUCACUACGAAGUGCCUUCUUGGGCAGGCAAGCCGCCUGUUGGGCUACAUCUGGACGUUAUGAAGGGCGAAAAAAUGAUUCAGAAGCUCAUGAUAGAUGAAAAGAAAUGCUACUUGUUUGGUCGCAACCCCGACUUGAACGACUUUGUCAUCGAUCACCAGUCCUGUUCACGUGUACACUCAGCUCUUGUCUAUCACAAACAUCUCCAGCGGGCAUUCCUAGUGGACCUGGGGAGCACUCAUGGAACCUUCAUUGGCACGAUCCGAUUGGAAUCCCGCAAGCCGACGCAGCUACCAAUUGACAGCAUCUUCCACUUCGGAGCGUCCACCCGGUCUUACGUCAUCCGAGAGCGUCCGCAAAAGAUCUCCAGAGGAGACGACGACAAAGUGGGGGAGGAUGGAGAGGGGGGACUCCUCGGGCUGCCCGAAACGGAAACGGAGUUGGACAACCUCACAGAGUACAACACGGCGCACAAUCGACGGAUAACGAUGCUCGGAAUACCGGAUGAAGAGUUGAAGCCACCGAAUAGGAAACAAAAAAAUCUCAGCGUCAAAUUCAACGAAGAAGAAGACAUAAUCAACCCAGAGGACGUUGAUCCAUCCAUAGGCAGGUUUCGUAACCUCGUCCAUACGGCUGUUGUUCCUCGUAAGAAAUCCCGACUGGACAACAGCGAUCCGCUGGACAGCCUCUUCAGAGAACAGAAGUCCAACAGCUUGCACCAACACACGAAACCCGACUCGGGCCACGUGUCUCACCUGGGUACCAUCUUCUCUUCCACGCUGUCCUCCAAGCUCGGACUGCACCUGCCCAAUCCCGCUCCGGAUAUCGAGUCCGCCGUUCCUACGAUUCCGGACCCAGUACCCGUCAUUCACCCGGUGCCCUCCAUAGAGUCGAACCUUCCGCCCGAGCCGAGGAAAAAGAAAUACGCGAAAGAAGCCUGGCCGGGAAAGAAACCAGCACCCUCGCUGCUCAUGUGAAGGGACGAAAAGGGACGUGUGCCAUGUGCAGUGAUUAUGUGUACUAUUUUAACCUGUUUCUUUUCUUUACUUUUUUUUUUUUGUCAGCAGACGUUCAAAAUGUUCUUGUUGUUUUGCGCCACUAUACACUAUUCUCCAUCGUGUACAUUACUCCAUAAAAGCAUGACAUGCAUUGAGUGCUGGCUAUACCAGCGAUCUGUGAGAGUGGCUGGCAAAGGUACCGACAAAGAAAGUAAAUGAAAUAGUAAGUUGCUGGAAACAAAAUGGUGCCACAUGUAGACUUCAUUUCACUGUAAUAAAUUACAAUUUCACAUUAA